AUGUCACCAUCGAUGUCCCAUCACGCCACCGCCAGGUCAGCAGGAGAAGCUCUCCCACGAGGCAUUCCUCGGUACGUCCUGUCCCGGAAAGCUCGGGACAGCGUUGUUCCGCACUUCUGGGGCGGCAGCCGCGCGAAGGGAGUUUUUGAGUCACUCCACCGUGACUUGAUGGUUGCAUUUAGCAACUGGGAGUUUGACCCCAUGAAUACAAGCAACCCAUUCCCCAACAAUGAGGGCUCGGUUCACAAAUGGCAGGGUUAUAAAGAUAAACUGGUUCAAGUGGAGUUACAACGCUAUCUUGCGCAGAAACUUGCUUGGAUACAAUAUCAUGAGAGUCCAGAAGGUGGACACUUUUUCAUGUGCGUGGAUCAUUGGGGUGAUGCAAUACUCAAGGCACUUCUUCAUUCAGAUGAUACUUCAACCUAAAGCCAC